CCAGUUUAGCAGUUUGCAGCCCAGUUGUCAAGUCACAUUCUCAUCAAACUUUACAGACAUUUGCCCUCGCUAAUCGUCUUUGCGAUCAAAUAAUCAAAGAAUGAAGAUCGAGGAAGUAAAAAGUACAACUAAAACACAGCGAAUAGCUGCACACAGCCACAUCAAAGGGCUUGGGCUGGACGAAAAUGGCGAAGCUUUAGCAAUGGGAUCAGGCCUCGUGGGUCAAGAAACAGCACGGGAGGUAAUGUUUUACUUCUUUACCAAAGUAUUUAAUACAAUACAAACUUUAAUGACACUCCCUAACCAGGGCUUUUCUGUGACGAUAAUAAUAAAUUUACAAGAUAGCUCGUCAAAACGAUAGUAAGUGAAAUCUAAAAAUUUAUGAUACAAUGGUUUACUACUGUAGAUAAAAAGAGUAAGAAAGCUAUAUAGUCGCUAGAAUUACAUUGAAUGAAUUAGUUUCUGCAAAAUUAAAACAGAUCCUAAGAUUGUAAGCUAAGACCGACAAGAAAGAAAAGCGACGAAUAAACUGGCUCUAAGUUAACGCUUAAAAUUAAGAACAGAGUUGCAGAGUUUAAAGGAAUUGUCCGAACUAUUCCACAUGCUUACUUUACGGUUUAAUAGAAUGUCCUUUGUCCAGAUCUCGAUUUAAGUAAGGGCAUUUGCAAAAGUUGACCUUUGCAAAAUUUUUACGCUGUAGCAUCUUAGUUUCUAAUUACAUGUUUUUACAUUAUGUAAAGUAUGCAAUAGAAGUGAAAUUGGUCGAUGGGGUGUGUAGCUGGGGAGUGCUUGGUCAUGAGUUGAACCUCCCCUAACUGCCACCUCUGUACAACAGCUGCUUUUUUUCGUCGCAGUGGACAAAAAAUCCAUACAUUGACUCUUAAUUAAAACCUCUCCAGAAUGGCCACCUCUUUUAAUACAAUGGCCACUUUCUUCUGUCUCCAAGGUGGCCGUUGUAGAGAGGUUCAACUGUAUUUAAUGGGUUUUGAAACUAAGGACAGGCAUGGAGUGAUGCAAGUGUUCAUUUUAGAAAAUGUCGGAUCUUUACAAAAUUAGCUGUUCUAUUGUGGCUAAAAACCCCAGAGAAUAUGAAACUUUGCACACUGUGCAUAAAAAGCGAGUUGUUGGGAAACAGACAAACUUGUAACAGGGCUGAAAAUAACGGACAGCAGAUUGCCGGUCAUGAUGACCGGCCAAAUAUUUUUUAGCCCGGACAAACCCCGAUUCUGGUCGGACAAAUAAUGAAUAGUAAUAUUUUUUUUUUUGCCUAAGGAAUAUCCAAUUAUGCUGGCAAUAGAUCGUUAUUACUACAUUGACGUUCACACUUUUGACAGCAAGUUGGUGAAAAAUGCAUUCGCACGUUGUAGAGUUCCUUUCUGCGGUUUUCGCGCGUUUUAAUGUUACGUUCUACCUUGAGUAUCAUUGCACGGCGGUGUCUGAAGUCUCUAGAGGUAAAAAGUGAAGCGCAAAUCCUUUUCAAACUCUCAAGGUUCGGGAAACGGAAUACACAUACAGCUCAGAAAACUUUAGGAAUUACGAAAACAAAAACAAAAAACAAAGUCUGCACACGCUUGUUUUAACGUUGAUGUUCCGAAAUGAACAUCGGUGAAACUUGAUUUUUUUCCUUGCCUGGCACGUGAUCCAAGUCACCUCCCCGUCACCUCCUCAAAGAAGAAUCGUCGCUAAUAUUUUCGGCAAAGAAGUUGAUUUGCAUUGGCGAGAAGUUUGUUCCACAAACGGCGUGUUUAAAUUUGGGUCAUCGCGCAACAUUUUGUCAUGAAGGGCUCAAAUGUCAACAGAAAUUUGCAUAAAGUUGUUUACAAGAACCAGAAUCUAGCGCUGAGAUAGACGACGACCUUCCCUCUUGAUUAGCUUAAAUUUUUAUCAGACCAUUCUGGAAUCGAGUCUGCAAACGAGAUUCAUGUUCGGCAUAAAAGAAAUUAUUAUUAAUCGAUGCGCUAACAUUUAUUCCCGGAGAAACACAGGACGACCUGUUGAGAAUGGCGAUCGAUUUGCCCGAAUUCCUUCGAAUUCCCAAAGAAGGUCACAUUGCUGAUUACAGCAAAGCAGAAACUACAGUACGACUUGCAACGUUGCAUUACUUUUCAACUCAGUUUGUUAUUCACUUUGUUGUGUUACAUGACGACAUGAAAUUAAUGUAUUGCGGAGAUGUUUUUCUUAGAAGGGUUUAGAGCAAAGCAGCAAAAAACGCCAAAGACGAAGAAAUCAUUGCAGCGUUAUCGAGCAUUAAGCAACAACUGUAUGGAAAAUAAAAUGUUUGUAUCCAAAAAUGACCAGUCAAAAUGACCGGCAAGACCGGAGUUUGACCGGUCAAGUCCGCGAUCAGGACGGACAGUGUCUGUUGACUGGCCGUUAUUUUCAGCCCUGUGUAAGGUCAGUGAAACAUGACUUGUUUCAACUGUCAGCCCACAAACAUUCCUGCACCGAUCUUGCAGGUCAAGUUGAAAUUUGAAAUAGGCCAUUCAUCAUGUGGAACUCUGUUGAACAAGAGAAGACAGGCUCUACUUGCUGAACAGCAGCAGCAAUCUUUUAAUAAUUGUAUACUCGCAAUCUUCCUUCCUUAUUGUUGUGCAACAGAAUGAUGUUGAAUGAUGUUGUUGUUUCCAUUGUUUGAACAGGCCCCAGAUACACUGUAUCCAAAUUAAGUGAUGGUGCUGCUAUCCAGUGGAGAAAUUACUAUAUUUAUUUUACUGUGUAAUGCAAUGAUUACAAUAACACUUGUCGAGUGAAUAGUGAAUUUGUAUCCAUUGGAUAUCUCUAUCCAACUUUCGUACAACUGGGACCAGAUUAAUGAUUAAUCAAUUAUUGACCCAAGCAUGAGCAUAGAAAAUUAUGUAGGCAUAAGCACAUGAUUGCAUGUACAUUUAGAUUUUUGUGUGUGCCAUUUUAAUAGUUAUGCUGUGGGAAAAGGCCUUACUAAAACUGAUAUAAAGAAACUGUAUUUUCAGGAAGGAGUUUCAUAGUAAUCCCUAAUGUGUGUAUUUGUCUUAAUAUACUUUACGCGUACUGUAACUAUGUUCUUGUAUGGCUGCCCUUUCAAGAGCAGCAGAUUACUUACUACUAAUACUUACAUGUACAAGCUACUGGGUUAUAAUAAGUUCACAUCAGAAGUUGUCAUUUUUGUUUGUUCUCAUCACAGGCAGCAGGAGUAGUGGUCGAGCUUAUUAAGUCCAAAAAGAUGGCUGGAAGAGCAAUUCUUUUGGCAGGUCCACCAGGGACUGGCAAGGUACCAUUUUUAGUAAAAAUCAUACACUUGUAUACUACGUGUACUAUGUCUGGUGUCUCAUUUGAAAAUACUACAGGUUUGGCAAAGUUUGUACAGGAAACAAAGAGUGAAAGAAAGUAAAAUGUUGCAUUUUUACUAAUUCCAUCAUAGUACUCUAUAAUUUUUGCCUCACUAUUAUGCUCAAAACUAUGCUGGCAUUACAUGUAUGUCAACAACCCAGUCAAGGAGCCUGUUCCCUGACUGCUCAAAUUCCACAGUUGCGUUCUCUGAUACUACACCUGUAACUCAUCCUUUUUCACCUCAUUGCCACCGAUGCUUUUCUAUGGCUUCAUGGGAAAAGAAUGCUUAAUACUACAGUGUAGAAAAAAUACUAAUGUAAUUUUGUUAGUCACUGUAGACCCCAGAUUAAAUGGCUUUUGUAUUGUAGACGGCUUUGGCCCUUGCUGUAGCUCAGGACCUGGGACCUAAAGUGCCAUUUUGUCCGAUGGUUGGAAGUGAGGUUUACUCAUCUGAAAUCAAGAAAACAGAAGUUUUGAUGGAGAACUUUAGGAGAGCCAUUGGUAAGAAUGAACCUACGUGGUGAAUGUUUUGUGUUUUUGUAGUAGCUGACUUAUCUUCUAUUAUGAUGCUUCCUUGAGUGUCUUCUUUCUGUCUCCCCGUACAUUCUGAGAAGCUCUUCUUUGAUUACCAGUCCAAAGAGAGGACCAGUGCAGCCGCCUCUCUGGAUUUGAAUGUCAUUGUCACCAAUGUUCAGGAGUGUGUGAUAAGCAAAACCACUGCAUAAAAAAUUUGAUUUACGCCAAAUUUACUUGGUGUAAAUGGUGCAAAAAAGUGCAAACUACGGUUAAAUAAAUGAUAAAGAUGGAAAAUUCCGCAUUAGCUCUCGAAUCUACAACCCAGUGUAAACUGGUAUGCAAAUGUGGUAUUUACCAUCUUUACCUUGUUCGAUUUCCUCUGUGAUUGCCCCCUUUUGCACCAUAUUUGCCCCAAGCAAAUUUGUGUAAUCUAAUUUUUUGUGCAGUGAAAGAAGGACUGUAUUGGUAACUAGUGCAUUUGUGUUGAACAUUGUUGGUUUGUAGUUAUACGUGUAGAAUGUACAUCGACUGCCAUUUUUAUGCAUUUUGUGAUCAAACAACCAAAAUGGUACACAUCAACAUGAAUCUGUUUGACUACAUACUUUAUGCAGUAUCUUUUGGUUUUUUGGUGAAAGUACAAUUUUGCAUCAAGUUAUGAUUUUUUUAAUUGAAACUUUAUCAUUACAUGUUAUUUUUUUUUUGAUACCACUGUGUAGGACUAAGAAUAAAGGAAACAAAAGAAGUUUAUGAAGGAGAGGUAUGUUUUGUUGCCACCAUCAUCCUCACUGUCUAAAUUAAAUCUCUUGUACAAAGUUUUUUGGCAUGUUACUGUAGCAUCCCAAACUACAGCUGUAUGCUUUCAGUUAUUAUUGUGUGCCAUUAAACUGGGGUAACGCUGUAUGCAUUGUAGGGAAAAUCCAUUCCGUAGUCUAAGGAGGGAUUUACAUGAGGGUAAAUGGUUAAGAAUGUUCUUUAUUGUUUUUUUUUUUUUUACUAGAGCUUUGUAUUAACAUUAAUAUGUCUCCCUUUAGGUGACGGAACUGACACCCUGUGAAACAGAGAAUCCCAUGGGAGGUAUAAAAAGACUAUUUAGUGACAAUGUUUUAUUAUUUGUUUCAUGAACUAAUGGCAGAAGCAGCAUAGAUAAAACAAGAGGCGAGAGGACAUCUCAUGAGAGGACAUCUCAUUCUGAUUCUUAAUUGUAUCAAAUUAUUUUGUAGGCUAUGGCAAAACUGUGAGUCAUGUGGUAAUUGGUCUAAAAACAGCAAAAGGAACUAAGCAACUCAAGGUAAAUAAUAAUGUAUAGUACCUUGUAUCAGCCUUGCAUUGUGUGGUGUAUGGACAUUAUGUACACACAUGCAUUGGUUUAUUUAUUAAUUUUGUUUGAUUUAUUUUGAGGGGAGAGGGUGGUGAAAUGGUUUUUUUUAUCCAAUAUUGAUAUGAUUUUAAUAGUGUUUAUAAUAUAUGUAAUUUUAUUUCUUUGACUAAGAUUAUUGUAUCAUGAUAAAUCCCUCCCUUUCUCUUUUUUUGUGGAGAGGGAAAGAUUUAUUAGGGCCAUUUAUACGAGGAAAAAUGAGACGCGUCUUAAAUACGACGCGAACUGUACCAUUUAUACGAGCAUGUCUUAUCUAAUUUGACGCGUCUUAGCUAAGCCGCGUCUUAUUUUAGACGAAAUGUGCCGUUUAUAUGGAAAGUUCGCGUCUUAUGUAAGACGGGUCUUAUUUUUCCUUGUAUAAAUGGCCCUAUUGUGAUUGGUUAAUCUGAGUCAAAGAAAUAAAAAUCAAGCAUUUUAGGAAAAUGUUUUGGUGCAAAAGAGAUUUUAUUUAUUUUUUUGUACUGUCUCAUUUCUUGCCAUUUGUGUGUACAGCACAUCCACACUUAACUUGUAGGUUAAACUCAUAUGAUUGUGCCUUUUUGGUUGUAGCUGGACCCAUCAAUAUAUGAAAGUCUUCAGAAAGAAAAAGUCGAAGUUGGUGAUGUGAUUUACAUUGAAUCAAACAGUGGGGCUGUCAAGGUUAGAUUGUUGGAGUUUUGUACAUCAUCCAGGGCUGUGCUCUAAGGAAAAUUGAAGGGAACCUGUAAAAUUUGGAGUGUCCGGCAUAUGAUUUGUGUGAAAAAACUUAUGAUUUUCUAGUUUUUUUGCUCUUGGAAAACUUGAAAAUCGUAAGAAUGUUAGGCAUCAGGGCCAUCGCUAGGCUCUGUUAGAGCAUGUCCCUGAUCAUCAUGUCACUUGUGCGGUACCUACUGUUCUAGUGUGAAGUCGAUACAUGUACAUGUAUCAGCCAUUUUCUUUGGGUGAUUUUUCUUUGUCCUUUUCAGCGUCAAGGUAGAUCAGAUACGUUUGCCACAGAAUUUGAUUUAGAAGCAGAAGAGUAUGUUCCACUUCCUAAAGGUGAUGUUCACAAGAAAAAGGAGAUUGUUCAAGAUGUGACCCUUCAUGACCUGGAUGUGGCAAAUGCUAGACCACAGGUUGGUGCAGAAAGAGACCAUUAUUUCCAACAUGACUUGUACUGUACAUGUAUUACUGAUACUACGGUAGUUUGAACCCAGGAGUCAUUAUUUUCAUGAGUAGCUGGAAUAUGAUAAUCUACAACAACAACAACAACAACAACAACCAACUAACCCAACCAACCAACCAAAAAUUAUUUUUCCAACUUAAAAAACGUUUACAAAGAACAGCAUAAAUUAAAAUAGAUAAGGCAAAAAAACUACUCAGAAUAGCAAAAAAACUAAACGAGCGGAGUGGUUACAAUACUUCCUAAUAAAUUAAUAAUUUAGCAGAAAAAAUAGCGAUGAAAAAUAAAUAAGAGUUGUAGCAUAAGUGUUACCCCAGAUGGGGAUAGAUACCCCUUCUCAAAGACAUAGACAUGUUAAGCCACUCAAGACUUUUCCACUUUAUAUAUAAAAGGCUAAGAUUGCUGCAGAUAAUUGAACUUUACGGAGUUUAUUACUGAUAUGUACUUUAGUAUUAGCAAAACGAUUGCUGUUCUAAAAAUAUUAUUGUACUUUUAUCUCAGGGAGGUCAAGACAUUCUGUCCAUGAUGGGACAGCUCAUGAAGCCAAAAAAGACAGAAAUUACAGGUAAAAACUACAAGUACAGAUGUGCAUGCUAGCAGUGAGGUGACCAUAAAAGCUUCCUGUUGGUUCUCUUGAGACUACACAGUGGGUCAGCUAGCCGUAUGUGUUGCUUCAGUCUGUAUAAUGGAGUAUAGACUAAAGAAGUGUAACAUCAUGAUAAGGAUUAGAAUCAAAUUUGUGAAAUUGUUGGAUUUCUUAAAAUCGUUGGUCCAAAACACAUGUAUCUCUUUGACAAAAAUCAGCUUGUUAGUGCAAAUUGGAGUCGACAUACAAUUGAAGGUGAAGCAUUGUUAUACUCUGAUGUCCCCAUAAAAAGCUUCUAGUUUUGCCUUGGAUCAUAUUAUUCUUGCAUGCAAGGAAUUACUCACCUACACUGUAUUGUAAAAAAAAACUUUCCAUUGGGUCUUGAUUAUGGUUCUUCUUUUCCAGAUAAACUGAGGAAAGAAAUCAAUAAGGUGGGUAAUUAAAAAAAGAAAAGAAAAAGAAAAAUAGAGCGAAAAAGAAAUAUUGAUCUGUUGUUCCAAUAAAAAAUAUGUUGUUACACCUACAUGUAAUUAUUUUAUAUAGUUAUACUCAAACCUUGGCUUGGCUUGGCUGCUGAGCUCGUUUUCUUCAUGCUUAACCAUGUAUGCACCCCUUACUUGGUGGUAUCAGGUUUUAUGGAACCCACUCGUCGUGAUUGAUUUGGAAAAAUUGACGGUUGUAUGUUGUAUGAUUUAUGUACCUCGACUUCCCAUUUUCUUACCUUUACUGACAUAUAAGCUUCCUUCUAAAUGUGUUGUGUAUUGUAUUUUUGAUAUAUUCUUCAGGUGGUUAAUAAAUAUAUUGAUCAGGGAGUAGCUGAGCUUGUCCCUGGUGUGUUGUUUGUUGACGAGGUAAGAAACUUGCGUGUUCUACAAAAUGUACAUCAAUGUAUUAACGGACUGUUUUUUAAUAGUAGCACAGGAGACUUUUGCAUCAGUUUCGUAAGUAAUAGGCUUGUGAUUUCGUUUUCCUCUGAUUUCGAUUUACCGAUCCUUAGCUUGUAAAUUCGUUUCCUACAUUUUCGAUCGUAAAUCUCAGCUACUCAGUCUUUGCUGUUAAAAAAUGUAAAGUGUAUUUCUGGGCCGCAGAAACUGCAUCCUUCACAUGCUCAUGCCGUUUUACGGUUCUUAUGAAAAUUUUCGACCUUUAUGUUAAACGCCUGUUUGUGAGUAGGGCUUAAUUUGGCACUGCUUCUCGUUGGUUGCCCAUUCUAGUGAAAAGCUAUUUCCGUGGAAGUGGAUAUUUCAUAUAAUAAUAACUCUUUUUAGGUACAUAUGCUGGACAUUGAAUGUUUUACCUAUUUACACCGAGCUCUGGAGUCUACUAUAUCCCCUAUUGUUAUAUUUGCUACAAACCGAGGGAAUUGUACUAUAAGGUAAGGUAACUUGCAGUGCAUGUGUUGCUAAAACAACGUUUCUUGAAGUCAUGAAGGGUGAACAAAAGAUAAUUUUGUAAAUACUUCUUGUAAUUAGUAAUUAGCUAACAUUGUAAUUAGUAUUAGGUUAAGUGUUGUAAGUAGUUAUUAAAAUUAAUGUAAUAUAAUCAUUGUUCUUGAAAAGCCCCUUUGGGGAGGUAACAUUAAGUAUGUAUGUAUGUAACAAAGAAACUCAUGACUGUGACAAUGGUUUCAGUCCAUCCUAUGUUCCUAAAUACUAUAAAGGUUUUAAGUGUUAGGUGUCAAGGAUAAAACAGCUAAGAUCAUUUGAGAAACCAUGUGAAACAUUCCAAAGAGGGAGUUCAAUGAGCCUUUUCUGCCAGGUUGCUCUUUACAACGGCGGCUACUUUCUUGUUUGUACUAUCCUGGCGGUUAGUAUACACAUGUAAGACACAAAUUAAUUUCCUUUUCUCUCUCUCUGCAAUGGAAACAGCCGCCAAGAUGCGUUACAGCUGGUAAAAUAUAAACCUUUCCAUAACAUCUAUUGUUUAAGACGGUUCAUCGUUAAUAGAUGCACUUAACUGUACCUACAUGUUUAGACUUAAAUUGCUACAAGUCGACCUCUUGGCGAGCGAAGCGAGCCUUUUGCGGCCAUUUCGCCGCGCAGCGGCCGAAAUAUGAAAUCCGACGAAGAACUUUUGUGAAAGUCUACUACAUAUUGUGAAACUGGAUCUGUUUCAUGAUUUACACGGUUGUUCUGAUAAUUUAGAUUUGAUUUUCUGCUGCAUUUUUGUUAUGUUAGCUACAGGUGUAUCAAUCAAUGUAUGUUACAAUAUUCUUUUUUGGUCGCCUUUCCUAUUGAGGUCACGUAAAAACAAAUAUUUUUUUGUGUGUUUGCGUCAACAGAGGCACGGAAAUAACUGCUCCCCACGGGAUCCCCCUAGAUCUGUUAGACCGGCUUAUGAUUAUCCGCACCUUACCCUACUCACAAGAUGAAAUGGUGCAGAUUAUUCGCAUCCGGGCACAGACAGAAAACAUCCAAUCGGACGAGGAGUCGCUGAAUCUUUUAGGAGAAAUAGGCACAAAAACGACUCUUAGGUAAGGAAAGGAAAAUAUAUACCAUAGACUGCGGCUUACAAGCACCAGUUAUACAGGAAGGUCCAUCUACCCUAUAAAUCUCCCCUGUUUUGUAUUGAAAUGAAUUCUAUUAUAUUAUGACUUAUUGAAGCUAAAUGAAAAACCAGUAAAUGCAAAACACAUUUUGAUCGAUCAGCAUUGCUAGCGCUAAAGCUUGUUUCGAAGCGCUUUUUCUAUUACAUUGUACAGUUAUAAGACUCCUCGGAUUAAAGCUCGUCCGUUUACACGAUAUGCCCCCUUAAAACUUCUUACGGAGAUGUAUAAUCCCCCAGGGCUUAUAGGCGGCAGUUUACUGUACUCCCCCCCGGUCAGAAAACACAACCGUUUAUAAGCCCCCUCGGAUAUAAGCUCCUCCGUUUAUGAAGCCCCUCGGAUAUAAGCCCCUCCGUUUAUAAACCGUCCUAAAAGCCCUUACGAAGAUAUAUAACCCCAGGGCUUAUAGGCGGCAGUUUACUGUACUCCCCCCCGGUCAGAAAACACAACCGUUUAUAAGCCCCCUCGGAUAUAAGCUCCUCCGUUUAUGAAGCCCCUCGGAUAUAAGCCCCUCCGUUUAUAAACCGUCCUUAAAGCCCUUACGAAGAUAUAUAACCCCAUGGCUUAUAAGCGACAGUUUACGGUAUUCAAAAAAGGUGCUAAAUGUUUCCCCCCUUGCGCGCUGGUUUUUCGCCGAUGGAUAGUUAUCUGAAUUUUAGUCCAGUCUAUAGAUGAUAGUUACUUUGUAAAUUAAGUUUGUAAUAGUAAUUGACAGUGUCCAUAAUUUUGUUUUUGUCACAUCUGUUAGAUAUGCUGUUCAGUUGCUCACACCCGCUAAUCUUCUCGCUCGUAUUAACGGUGAGUAUAUUAAGAUAAUUAUUAAAUAGUUAGUUUAGUUUCCUUUACACCCUUCUUUUAAUUUUUUAUUCAUUUAUCGUUUCUUUAUUAACCUUUUUGGUGUCAUUUUUAGGCCGCGAGAAUAUAAACAGACAGGAUGUCGAGGAAAUCAACGAGUUGUUUUACGAUGCUAAAUCAUCAGCAAAACUUUUAGCCGAACACGAAGACAAGUACAUGAAGUAACUCCAUCGUUUCAUCAGGCGGCGAGACUGAGUUAAAUAGUGAAAGACAUCAAGAAAGCAGCCCUCUUCUUGAGUUUACGAAGAUUUUCUCAAAGAAAAUGUUUAAGUGCCCAUUUCCUUCUUUCGCAUAAAUCUUAACAUCACAUGUAUUUGAUAGUCGGCAUUUCUCUCGGUUCUUCUUAUGUUUUAUUCAGGCGGGUAUCGUAAAGUAAGAGAACACGCGACCUCAGCUUACUCACUCAAAAGGCUAAGUCGUGGUUAAUUUUGAGUGGUGUUUAUAGUGUACGCUUCACGCGCACAUAAGACAGUUAUUGCCUUUUAGUGUACGUAUUUAUGUAUUUUCUUCUACCAGUCAACACACAAAGAAACCAGGCAACUGCUAAGUGUCGGAACAUGAAGUGGAUUUGAAAUAAGUGUUAAAACAGCUUCGUUUUCAAGUGUGGCAGCAUUUCACAUUAGUAGUAGCAUUCACUCAUUUGUAUCUUAUGAAUAGACCUUUUUCGUAAUAAAUUUACUAGCUGUUUAACCGCUUUGUUAGCUG